GCAUCGCAAGUCCGGCCACUCAGGAACGCUGAUUCCUUUGCUGCGAGAAUCAGAUCCGCAGUAUUUCUUUGACUACAUGAGGAUGUUGCCGUCAACCUUUGAUCGACUCCUGACCCUGGUUGAAAGCUCAAUCGAAAGGCAAGACACCAACUGGAGAGAGUGCAUUCCAGCGAAAACUCGACUGGAAAUCACGAUAAGAUUUCUCGCCAGCGGUGAUAGCCAGCGGAGCCUGUCCUAUGCAUUUAACGUGGCAAGGUCAACCAUAUCUGAAAUAAUCUCGGAGACGGCCCAGGCAAUUUGGGAAAACCUAAAGGACGAGUAUGUAAAAUGCCCAAGAACACCCGCAGAAUGGAAUGAAAUUGCCAGGGGCUUCCUACAACGUUGGAAUAUACCAAAUUGCAUUGGCAGUAUCGACGGCAAGCACGUCACAGUGGAGGCUCCGAGCAACUCGGGGUCUGAAAACUUUAAUUACAAAGGAGGAUUCAGCAAGAUCCUGCUAGCUAUGUGUGAUUCGGGCUACAAGUUUCUGUAUGUUGAUGUUGGUCGCUGCGGUGGGGAAAGUGACGGUGGCGUAUUUAGGAGGUGCCAGCUCUCUGGUGCUCUAGAAUCUAACCAGUUGGGGGUUCCCGAACCAGUUGCGCUUCCAGGAGGAAAUGUUACUCCCUAUGUCAUUCUUGGGGAUGAGGCUUUCCCUCUGAAGCCCUAUCUGAUGCGGCCAUACCCGAAGCGUUCAAUCAAAACCGAUGCAGACAAAAUAUUCAACUACAGGCUUUCUCGUGCAAGGCGCGUAAUUGAAAACGCUUUUGGUAUUCUCACAAGCCGGUGGCGCAUCCUAAGGCGGCGGUUCAAAGCGAACAAUGAAAACGUUAACAGAUAUGUCCUGGCCUCUAUAGCCCUUCACAACUUUCUCAUGACCCAGAGCGAAGAUCGAAACAAGUACUGUCCUCCCCAAUUUGUAGAUUCCGAAUCAUGGAAUGGGGACAUCCUUAACGGAGAAUGGCGAAAAGAAAGCGGCACUGAAGCAAUAUUUUCUCAAGCUUCGCAGUUGGGGUCGAACAAACCAUGCAGCGUCGCAGAACAUGUUCGCACAAGCUUCAGAGAUUAUUUUAUGGGGCCUGGAAAGGUGGACUGGCAAUUAGAGUAUAUCCAUAGAAGCACACCCAGGAGAAGUUCAGGACAAAAAACCAAAACAGCUUCACCAUCCACUUCAGCUUCAGCUGUUUAACUUUUUUGUCCCUAGCUGUGUUAUGGAUGAUGGUCUUUUCUGCAACAAGCCCUUGCACUAAAAAAAGUUUCAAGGUAAUGUGCGUACAGCUUUGUCACCCAGAACCCCCCUAAUAUGUUUUCCUUAUGUUAGAUAUUUUAUGUCAAGAUUUGAAUGGUAGUCACCGCUACAUACGUGCUUCCUAUGCUGCAUGGCAGCCAAUUCAAUAAUUGACACACAGCAUACAUAACAUGUAUGUCACGGUGACUCAUUUGAACCUCGACGUAACCAUGGCACACUCGGGGCAGUGCACUUUGUACGAAGCGGAUAGCAUGUAUAAACUUACACUGCUGUCUAAUCUGCUGGAUGGCAUUGAAUUCCUGAAACUGUUUAUUAUUCCAGGUAAAUAUUUCCCAAUGUGUCUGUAUUUCCCGUUUUAGUAUCUUGUCAACAAAAGCGCAACGUUGUCUUUGUGAUUCCUUUUUCGUAAUAACUUUAUGAUUUCCUUUCAGUUUCAGUGACUGCUGUGCAAUCAGCGUUGCAUGCACCGUUCUUCAGAACACUUCCCGAACAGGUGUAUUAAUUUUAUCUCUGUAGCCAUGAGGUUGGUCAUAUAGUCUUAGAUAUGUUAUGAUAGACGUUCAAAUUUGCAAAGUUCAAAGCUUUGGAGUUGGAAACACUGACUCAAACACAAUUUGAGGUCUUAACACUUUAUUUGUGUAGUUUGCUGCUUCUGUUUGUUAAGUGUAACCAUGCCUUCUACCUGAUUGCAUAAUAAAAAGUGUAGAUCAUAU